AUGUCCGACACGGCGUACCCAACCAUCACGCAGUGCGCGUUGGUUGCUGCUGCCUUUAAGAUUCUCCUGUUCCCCGCCUACAAAUCCACCGACUUCGAGGUCCACCGCAACUGGCUCGCCAUCACAAACAGCCUCCCCGUAUCCGAGUGGUACUACGAAGACACGUCGCAAUGGACGCUCGACUACCCGCCCUUCUUUGCCUACUUUGAGUGGCUCAUGUCGCACGUCGCCCGCCUCGCCGACCCGGCCAUGUUGCGCGUCUUCAACCUCGAGUACGACAGCUGGCAGACCGUCUACUUCCAGCGCACCACCGUCAUCGUCACCGAGCUGCUGCUCGCCUACGCCCUGCAGCUGUUUGUCGAGUCAUCCCCGCGCCCGUCGCGCCGCGCCGCCCACGCCGUCGCCCUCUCCGUCCUCCUGUCGCCCGGCCUGCUCAUCAUCGACCACAUUCACUUCCAGUACAAUGGCUUCAUGUACGGCAUACUCGUGCUGUCGCUCGUGCUGGCCCGCGGUGGCAAGGACUCGCUGCUUGCCAGCGGCCUCGUCUUUGCUGCGCUGCUCUGCUUCAAGCAUAUUUACGUCUACCUCGCCCCGGCCUACUUUGUCUUCCUGCUGCGCGCCUACUGCCUGUCGCCGAAAUCCAUAUUUGACAUUCAAUUCGGCAACUGCCUCAGACUGGGUGGUGGCAUCGUGGCCAUUGUAGCAGCGGCGUUUGGGCCAUUUGCUGCGCUAAAGCAGAUGCCGCAGAUGAUGAGCCGACUGUUUCCCUUUGCGCGAGGACUCUGUCAUGCGUACUGGGCCCCUAAUGUCUGGGCACUAUAUUCUUUUGCCGACCGCGCUCUCAUUGUCCUUGCCCCGAGGCUGGGUCUCGAUAUCAAGGCAGAAGCCCUGCAAAGUGUCACCCGUGGUCUCGUCGGCGACACCUCGUUUGCCGUCCUUCCCGAAAUCAGCGCCCGUACAUGCUUUGCUUUGACGCUGCUCUUCCAAGUGCUCCCGCUUAUCAAGCUCUUCAUGCAGCCUAAGCCCUCGUGGGAGAACUUUAUCGGUGCGACGACGCUUUGCGGCUACGCAUCGUUUUUGUUUGGCUACCACGUGCACGAAAAGGCCAUUCUGCUCGUCAUCAUUCCUUUUAGCUUGAUCGCGCUGCGAGACAGGCGCCAUUUCUCUACCUUUCGGCCGCUCGCUGUCGCAGGUCACGUCUCCCUCUUUCCUCUGUUAUUCACGCCCGCCGAGUUCCCCAUCAAGACCGUCUACACACUGUUGUGGCUGGUCAUUUUCCUUGCGGCCUUUGACAGGCUGGUACCGGCGUCCAACACGCCGCGCUUCUUUCCGCUCGACCGCUUUAAUACGCUGUACUUUGCACUAUGCAUCCCGCUGGUCCUGUACACGUCACUCGUGCACCAGCUCGUCUUCGGACAGCGUCUGGAGUUCCUGCCACUGAUGCUGACGAGUGUAAUCAAGGUAUCUCUAAACUAUAGCUUUUGCGCGAUGGCGACCUCCGACCCCAAAUUCACGACCGUUGCGCCGACGACCCGAACGGUCCCAAUGAAGGUGCUAUGCCUAGGAAUGUCGCGCACGGGAACAGUUUCGCUGCGGGAGUCGCUCCUAACGCUCGGGUAUCGGCACUCGUAUCACAUGGUGGACGCCAUUGCUAGCAGUCCUUAUCGCGACUGCAGGCUGUGGAUCGAUUUGCUCAAUAAGAAAGAAGCCGGAAAGAAGGUGACGCGCGAAGACCUUGACCAAAUCUUGGGCCACUGUCAGGCGGUCACGGAUAUGCCGGCGGCUUACUUCGCUGAGGAGCUCAUUGAGGCUUAUCCGGAUGCCAAGGUUAUUCUAACUACGCGAGACACGGAGAGCUGGUUCGCUUCCAUGACAACGGCUCUGCGUCCCAUGCUGGACGGUCCUCUCGCCGCGUUUGCCGCCACGACGGACCAGCUGCUGCUGAUGCCGACGCGGUGGAUUCCCGCCUUGCUACAGACGCUGGACCGGGUGCUGUUCCAAAAGGACUUUGCGGCUAACGGACGGCACGCAUACGAGGCACACAAUGCCCGGGUGCGCUCACUCGUCCCCGCCAGCAAGCUGCUCGAGUAUCACGUCCGCGAGGGGUGGGUUCCGCUGUGCGCGUUCCUGGGUCGCGAGGUGCCCGAGGACGGGGCGGCCGGAGGCGGCACGCCGCAUCUCAACAGCAGCGAGGAGUUUGCGGCCAACUAUCACGGGCUUAACUAUCGACUUCUGCUGGGACAGGGGAAAAGGCUGCUGGACAUGGCGGCGUAUACGGCGCUGGUGGUGGUGGUGGCGGGUGCGGCGGCGAGGAGAUGGGGAUUCAAGUGGUCUGACUUGGUUUGA